AUAACUAAUACUCCGAAUACACAGGUCGAAUAAGACCACACGGUGAGUGUUGCUCGUCUUCCCUCAGGUAGGCAUGAAAUGGCAUCCAUUGAUUCUCUCCAGUUCCAUUCUCUCUGCAAUCUCCAGUCGUCGAUUGGAAGAUCCAAGCUCCAGAUUCCUUCAAGCUUGGUUGUCUUCAGACGCAGACACAAGAAUCUAAACUGGGUUCAAGUCCAAACCAACCAAAGGCUCGUCUGCAAAUCGAUUGGUGACGAAUCCUCGACUCCAGAUGAAGAAACUCAGAAUGAUGAUAAUGAUGCUGUCUCGACUCAGAGUAACACGGCCACUGGCUCCGAGACUUCGAUUUCGAGAUUCCGGAGCAUGAUUACCACCAUUGCCAACGAUUCCGAGAAUUCAAUCUCGAGACUUGGGAGUAUGGUUACCACUCUUCCUCCUGUCGUCUUCUUGAUGAACAAGUGCUCAGGGAACAGCGUUUGGAUCGGUAUAAGCAUCGUAGCUACAGUUCUGCUCGCUUCUAUACGAGCUUAUGCAAUAAGGAAGUCGAGAGAUAACCGUCCUGCUGGCUCUGUUUCUGAUCUUGUGAGACGUGGCCAGCUGAGAUCUGGUGAUAGAAGAGGCAUCAGCUCAAAGGCUAUGAACUACGAAGAUCCAUUCAACAACCCUUUUGUUAAAGUUGGUAAAGGAAGCUCAACGGUGGAGAUGUGCGGGAAAGUUUAUAAGUUAGCUCCAGUCACACUUACGGAGAAAGAACAAAGCAUUCAUCAGAAGAGGAGGUCAAGAGCUUACCAGUGGAAAAGACCAACAGUUUUCCUCAAGGAAGGAGACUCAAUACCGCCUGAUGUUGAUCCUGAUACUGUCAGAUGGAUCCCUGCCAAUCAUCCGUUCGCAACCACGGUUAGUGAUAUCGAUCAAGACCUCGCUCAGAACAAUGUGUAUCAAAAGCAAGGUGUUCCUUUCCGGAUUCGUGCUGAGCAUGAAGCUAUGCAGAAGAAGCUUGAAGCUUUACAAAAUGAGGAGAAGUUGAAUAAUUUGGGUAUUGACAGUCAAAAUGCCAGAGAUUUUCAGAGGCCAUACAAGUUCUCAAGCAAGCUCGAAGAAGACGAGAAUGUUCAGAAGAAUUCUCAGGAGAAUCAUACUGGCGAUUCAUCCUCCGAGGAGACGCAAAAGUCCUGAGAAGCAAUAAGCUUUGUAAAUAUAGCCUUGAGAGUCAUACUUGUGUUCCAAGAAAUUGUGAGAUACUUUUUUUGUAUUGAACCUUCAUUUGCUUUUCCAUCAAGUUAAAAAGAGUUCGAAUCUCAAAUC